AUGCCUCUACCUUGGAGCGCGGGCGGUUCUGUUGGCGGUAGUGGUGGCAGCGGCGUUGGCCCAGGGGUCUCUAUAUCGGGACUAGCCAUCAGCACCACCGCCCAGCAGCACAACAGCGGCUAUCAUGGCGCAGGUGCAACCGUGCUUGCAGCAGACACGCAUAAUGGCAAUAAUGGUGGCGGGCCGUCAGAGAGUGCCUCCUUCGCGGGUGAGCCGAUCGCGGCGCCCGCCGCGGCCAUCAAUCGUACUCCCGUCGGCUCGUGGCCGUGCUUUGGCUCAGCGAGCUCCACCGCCGCGGCGUCGUGCGCUACUGCCACUUCUGCUGCUGGCGGCACUGCCCACGUGCCGGGCGCCGCGCCGGCGUCGUCCCCCUCCCCAGACGCAGCGGAGAGCGCGAGCAAGGUGCCGCCGAUUGUGUACUUGGAGGUGGGCCGGGUGGAAUGGGGGACGACUCCGCCAUUCGUCGAGAUCGUCGCCUUCGAAAACGCGGUUGACGGACCACCUGGCCGCACGCGCCAGCACCUUCAGCAGCAGCAGGGCAGGGCACACUUUGGUGGUGGCAGAGACGGGCAGGGGACCACCGGUCCCGAGACGCGCGGAACUUCCCCGUACACCUCGAGCCAUUCCAUGUCAACGGAGACUCUUAUGACCACCUCCACCGCCGCCGUGGAGCCUGGCACAGGUUUUGCCGCCGCGGCGGACAACAUCAGCGAGUGCUCGCACGGGCUCCCUUCCCGCGUGCACACCGGGGGCAAGACUCCGCAUCCGGUGACCGGGUCACAUCGACUCUUCGACGGGGCAAGCGCCGGCGGCGGCGGUGUUGGCGGUGUUGAUAUGUAUCCCCACCAGCAACCGGCCUCUUCCUCUUCCUCACAGUUUCCGUCGCAGCCGGAGCCGGUGGACUCGCUGGCCUCGGUUCUGGGCCCUGGCGGCCUCUACGUGCGCUUCCACGUGACCUACGGCGGUUCGAUGCACCUCUCGCUGAACAUUGCGGUGCAGCAUGAGAUUCGACUGGGCGCUGUUGCACUGCGUGUCAGCCUGCCCAUGAUGUUCUGCAUCGCUAACCUCGACCUCGAUUGCUACAUCUGCGUGAACAUGAAGCACAACACGUGCGAGGUGUGGCUCGAGCCUGGCCCACUCUCGCCGUCCGUGGUAAAUCGGCUGAGAAUCACCGCGAUCGUCGGCGGGGACGACGACGAUGGCGGCUCCUCGACUGACUUCUAUUCUCAUUUUGGCAGCAGCAGCAUCUCCGACGGCGACGGCGGGGAGGAGGGGAGCGGCGUGUACGUGAAUGAGCACGAGGUGUCGCAAUUUGUGCUGCAUGAGCUGCGCUCCAUCUUGCGCGAGACGCUCGUCGCACCGCAUUCUGUUCGCAUACCGGUAUCCUUUGGCGGCAGCUAA